AAGGAUACCAAAGGAGUUGCUCGUCUUCGCACUACUGUGGGAAUCGAUGGCUCUCUGUACAAGAUGCAUCCUCAAUACGCUCGCCGCCUGCACAAGACAGUUCGUCGUUUGGUUCCAGACUCGGAUGUGCGCUUCCUGCUCUCUGAAAGUGGCAGCAGCAAAGGCGCAGCCAUGGUGACAGCAGUGGCUUACCGUUUAACGGAGCAGGCACACCAAAUUCAGGAGACUUUGGCAGAAUUCAAGCUGAGCAAAAAUCAGCUGUUAGAAGUGAAGAAACGCAUGAGAGUGGAAAUCGAAAGAGGCCUGAAGAAGGAGACCCACAAGGAAGCUACGGUCAAAAUGCUGCCGACAUUUGUUCGAAGUACACCAGAUGGAACAGAAAAUGGAGACUUUCUUGCUCUGGACCUUGGAGGAACAAACUUCCGUGUACUUCUGGUUAAGAUUCGUAGCGGGAAGAGGCGAUCUGUGGAGAUGCAUAACAAAAUCUAUGCCAUUCCAAUUGAAGUGAUGCAAGGCACUGGAGAAGAGCUUUUUGACCACAUUGUGCACUGCAUUUCUGAUUUCCUGGACUACAUGGGAAUGAAAAGUGCUCGACUUCCACUGGGAUUUACCUUCUCCUUCCCCUGUCAUCAAACCAGCCUGGAUGCAGGUAUUCUGGUAACCUGGACGAAGGGCUUCAAGGCAACAGACUGUGAGGGAGAAGAUGUCGUAGAGCUUCUGAGGGAGGCGAUCAAGAGAAAAGAGAUGGAAGAGCCAGAGUUUGAACUGGAUGUGGUGGCCAUAGUGAAUGACACGGUGGGAACAAUGAUGACAUGUGCAUAUGAGGAACCCACUUGUGAAGUGGGACUGAUUGCAGGCACAGGAAGUAACGCCUGCUACAUGGAAGAGACGAGAAACAUUGAGAUAGUGCCGGGAAAUGAGGGCCGUAUGUGUGUGAAUAUGGAGUGGGGCGCCUUUGGAGAUAAUGGCUGCCUGGAUGACAUCAGGACGAUUUACGAUCAGGCAGUAGAUGAGAACUCACUCAACGAAGGCAAACAAAGAUAUGAGAAGAUGUGCAGUGGAAUGUACCUGGGUGAAAUUGUCCGGCAGAUUUUAAUCGAUCUCACCAAGCGUGGUUUCCUCUUUCGGGGACAAAUCUCAGAGACACUGAAGACCAGAGGCAUCUUUGAGACAAAGUUCCUGUCACAAAUAGAAAGUGAUCGGCUGGCAUUGCUGCAGGUCAGGGCAAUCUUACAGCAGCUGGGACUCGACAGCACCUGUGAUGACAGUAUUAUUGUCAAGGAGGUGUGUGGCACAGUGUCCCGCCGUGCCGCGCAGAUAUGCGGAGCCGGCAUGGCGGCUGUUGUGGACAAGAUCCGUGAGAACAGAGGACUGGACCAUUUGGAUGUCACCGUGGGCGUUGAUGGCACCCUCUAUAAGCUGCACCCACACUUCUCUCGGAUCUUCCUGCAGACAGUGAAAGAACUUGCUCCUAAAUGUGACGUCAACUUCCUACUGUCUGAGGAUGGCAGCGGUAAAGGAGCUGCUCUCAUCACUGCCGUGGGCUGCCGCCAGAGGGAACUGGAAGCCCAGCAUCACUGAGGAGCUCCUCCUGUGGAACUACCUGCUGCUCCACCAUGACCUUCACCCACUGCACAGCCCAAGUCCAUCUCCCCUUGGCAGCCGUGACUCCACCUCUGCCCCAUCCAGAGACAU